AGAGAUGACAGUAUCGCUCUUCUAAUGGUUAACAUAACCAAAAAAAAUGUAUUCAAACUAAAAAAAGAUUUUAUAUUUUCAAUCAUUUCCUCUUGGAUUUAUAUUAAUUGUUUUCAAUUUUGUGUGCGAUACCCAGAGCACGAACAUUUCAAGUUUUAAUCAAAAAAUCGACAAUGAAUGUAGCAUUGAAAACUCCGCUGUAUUUGGCGAGACGGUGUGUGUCCACCUCUUCGGUACUUGCCAGCAAAAAGAAUUUUCGGAAAUUCUAUAUUCCUCCAGAAGUUCGUGGUACAAGAAUGUUUCGUGAACAACAAAAAACAGACAAACGUCAUCCACAAAUACCACUCGAAACAUACGGUGCUCGCGAAACAACAAUCAUAGACGAAAAUGGAAAUGAAGUUGAAGUAGCCGAAAAGAUUCCCGAAUUAGUUGUGCCCGAUUUAAAAGAAUUUGAAUUAAAACCAUAUGUUUCAUAUCGUGCCGCGGAAUUUCAACAGUCCGAAUUUACAGCUGAAGAUUUAUUCAACGCUGUCUACUCAAAUAAAAUCGUGGAUGACUGGAAUAAGAAACAAUUAAACCCAGAUGGAACACCAGUGACACCAUCAGAGGACGAGCUGUUGGAACCCGAAGAAGCCUAUUUACGGGCGAGAAAAACUGGUUCAGACAUAUUCGGUGAAGAACCCCUUUGGAAAAAAAGAAGUACAUCUUAAAAAUAAUUCAUUUUAAUAAUUUCAUGUAUCAAGAACCUAGCUACAAAUAAACAUUAACAAAUGAUAAAAGCACA